GCUUGCCCCGGGAUUUGGACCAUUUAAUAACUUCUCGCGCCCGGAGGAUCGUCGGACGGCGCACGCGAUCCGCUCCUCCCUUUUGCUCCGACCGUGAAGCUGUGCCCAAGGCCGAAGACUCCCCUGGGUGUCCCCAUCGCCUCACCAGUCUCGUCUUACAAAUCUUCCAGAAAACGGUUUUCUCUUAUAAAUCCUUUUCUACCUUUCGUACUCGCAGUUCCAAGUACCCAACACUCCGUGUCUCUCUCUCGUUUUCUCUCCCAAGGGUAAAGGAAACCCCUGCGGGGGCAAAUGAAGUGCCCCUCCGUCGCGUGCCUGUGGCCCGCCUCGCCUCCGCCUCACCGGAUCACCGCUGCCGCUGCCGUUCCCGAUCCCCCCGCCCUCUACACCGGCGGAUUCGAUGGCUCCAUCGUCUGGUGGAACCUCGCCGCCCCCCACGAUAUCUGGCCGAUGGCCAUGCUCUGCGGCCACGCGGCGCCCAUCGCCGACCUGGUUACCUGCACGCCCGCCGACUCCGAACAACCGAGCCCUAACCGGGUGCCCGCGCUGUUCAGCGCCUGCGCCGACGGCGUGCUCUGCGUCUGGAGCGUCGGUAGCGGGCGUUGCCGCCGCCGCCGGAGGCUGCCACCGUGGGCGGGGACACCGUCCUUGUUAUCGCCGCUCCCUUCAUCCCCUCGUUACAUUUGUAUCGUCUGCAGCUCAUCUGAUUCCGCCGCCGGCCACCACCCGAACGUUACCGCCGGAGAUGGCGAAGCUCCGCCAAGAAGAGCGCCUAAGUGCGCGGUGGUCAUCGUGGACUCGUGUACCCUGAACGUACUUCAGACCGUUUUCCACGGGAGCUUGUCGAUUGGGCCAGUGAAGUCCAUGACAGUGGUCUUAGUAGAGGAGGAUGGGGCAAAGAAUAAACAAGAUGUGAUCUUGGUUGAUGGGAAUGGGAGAACGCAGUUCUUGGCAGUGCCGGAGGCGGAUCAUGACGGGCAAGGUGCCAAUUUUCCGCGUGGAAGCUCCUCGCCUGAUGUUGCAGCAGCCGUGUCAGGGGAGAUUUCGGGUGAAGAAGUGCAGGCGGUGGCUUUUUCAGAUGAUAGGAAGCUCUUGGCUCUCGUUUAUGGGAAUCACUGUGUGUUCAAAUGCCUAGCUGAUGGUGUUACAGUUGGUGAGAUCUCUUUACUGGGUAGUUCACUAUGCAAUGAAGACCCUUCAACAAAGGCUCAACUCAUUGGAGGCAUGUUUCUCGAGGACAAUAAUGGUGUUUGUGAAUCAGAAAUCAAGAAUUUGGCUGAAGUCUCUGUAAGGAUGUUUGCUUUGUGGAAUACAAAUGGUGCGGCAAUUGCAUACAGGAUAUCUGGUUCAGGUGAUAUGUUUGAUUUUGAAGCUCUGUGCCAAAUCCCAGACAUGACUUGCAUACUUGAUGGGAAAGCAUCUGUUCGUUUCUGUCAGUUGAAUCACUGUCUUGUUCGUGUUGAGUCAAUCUGUUUUGUAGUUAGCAAGUCAUUAAUUUGGAGACCUUAUAUCACAAAAUGGCCAGUUGAAAAAAUUGAAUCAAGGUUAGAUAAUAACUUGGGCAAGCCUUAUCCAAGCAAUUUGGUUGGUGAAGGUGGUUUUCCAGGUGAUCUGACAGGGACAGGGUCCUCCUGUUGCCAGAAUGAGGCAAAAGACAGGGCAAAGAAAAGUUCCCAGCAGAGUUGCAUUGAAGGCUCCAACAAUUCGAAUGGUCUAUGCAGCGAACCUGAAAGUAAUGGUCUUGGGUUGAGCGAACGGAUUGUAUCAUCUUCAAUGGUACUCUCUGAAGAUUUUUAUUCUCCAUAUGCUGUAGUAUAUGGUUUCUAUAGUGGCGAAAUAGAAGUACUAAGAUUUACAAAUUUGUCUCCUGAAGUGAAUUCUGAUGCCACUAGUGUUAAGUCUCAAAUUUAUCCAUACAUAUCUGAACGAUUUUUUUCAGGGCAUGCAGGUGCUGUUCUGUGCUUGGCAGCACAUCGAAUGGUUGCAUGCUCUGAAGGACAAUGUUUUCGUCAAGCAUUGAUUUCAGGAAGCAUGGAUAGUACAGUUCGUAUUUGGGAUAUGGAUACGGGCAGUCUUCUUUCAAUAAUGCACCAUCACAUAGCUCCAGUUAGGCAAAUCAUAUUGCCGCCUCCAUGGACCAACCGUCCAUGGAACAAUUGUUUUCUUUCUGUAGGGGAAGAUCACUGUGUGGCCCUUGUAUCCCUUGAGACAUUGCGUGUUGAAAGAAUGUUUCCUGGACAUCCUAGUUACCCAUCAAUGGUUGCAUGGGACACCACAAAAGGCUACAUAGCUUGUCUAUGCCGAAAUCUCCAAUCAUCAUCAGAUGCAGUUAGCGUUCUUUACCUUUGGGAUGUAAAAUCUGGUGCUCGAGAACGAAUUAUUCGGGGAACGGCUUCCCAUUCAAUGUUCGAUCAUUUCUGUAGGGGCAUCAACAAAAAUUCUCUUACUGGCAGCAUAUUGGGUGGAAUUACUUCAGCAUCAUCAUUGCUUCUUCCAGUAUUCAAAGAUGGUUCUCAAUCUCGUGUUACAAAGGGUGAGAGGGGGCUGAGUGCAGUGCUUGCAGAUGAUAAAUCUCAAAGAAGUACUGGUUCCCUUGAGCUGAAUAAUUCUUUAGCACAGAGCAGCAGGGUAAAGGUACCACUUUUAGGAGCAGUCCGUGACACCACUCAUGAGUUGGCUGGAAGCAGUUUUGCAAAGCCAGCUUCAUCACAGUGCGCUCCUCAAAAAAUAAAACAUCCUGUUAAAUGUUAUUGCCCAUUUCCUGGUAUUGCAAGUUUGAAGUUUGACCUUUCAUCUCUAAUGUCUCUGCACUUGGUGCAUAGCAGUGAUAAACAGGUUAAUACUCUCCUUUCUGACCUUGAAAUCAAAGAAUUGGCUUCUCAACAUGGAAGUUUGAGUGAUAAUUCUGAUGUGCAAGCAAGUGAAAGUCAUCCUAUAAAAGAAUCAAUCGAAGGAUCUCUACUUCGGUUCAGCUUAUGUUUUCUACACUUAUGGGAUGUCGAUCAUGAAGUAGACAAAUUACUAGUGAAUGAGAUGAAUGUCUGCAAGCCAGAAGGGUGUUACAUAGCUUCUGGUGUGCUAGGGGAUAGAGGUUCCCUAACAUUGAUGUUUCCUGGCUUGCGUGCUACUCUUGAGCUUUGGAAGGCUUCCUCAGAAUUUUGUGCUAUGAGAUCCCUGGCAUUAGUUUCUCUUGCUCAACACAUGAUCAGCUUAUCCCAUUCUGGUACAACAGCUAGCAGUGCUUUGGCAGCAUUUUAUACUCGGAAUUUUUCAGAGAAAGUUCCAGAUAUAAAGCCUCCUUUACUCCAGCUCUUAGUGAGUUUUUGGCAAGAUCCUAGCGAGCAUGUACGCAUGGCUGCACGCUCUUUAUUCCAUUGUGCAGCCCCACGUGCCAUUCCACGUCCUCUUCACAGUCAGAAAAUCAUAUCUCCUGAAGCUCCUUCAAGUCCUUUAGAUGUUACAGAGGAGAAUGUUCUUUCAAAUACAGGUGAUAUGUCUUUAAGUAACUACACAUUCUCUGAUAGGUCCAGUAACAACCUUGGCAGUGCUGAUAUUGAAACAUCCAGCAUAGUUUCCUGGAUGGAAUCAUUUGAGACUCAAGAGUGGACUUCAUGGAUUGGGGGGACAAGCCAAGAUGCAAUGGCCUCAAAUAUCAUUGUUGCAGCAGCAUUAGUGGUUUGGUACCCUAGCAUAGUAAAGGAUAUACUUGCCAAGCAGGUUGUGAACCAACUAAUUAAGUUGGUAAUGUCCAUGAAUGACCAAUACAGCUCAACUGCAGCAGAGCUUCUAGCAGAGGGUAUGGAUGGCACAUGGAAAGUAUGCUUAGGCCCUGAAAUUUCUCAUCUUGUUGGAGAUAUUUUUUUCCAGAUUGAAUGUCUCAGCGGCACACCGAAUAAUAAUGUGAUACAAAAUCCAGCAGUAGCUGUUACCAUUCGGGAGGCUUUGGUUGGGACUCUUCUGCCAAGUUUAGCAAUGGCUGAUGUUAUAGGAUUUCUAAAUGUAAUAGAAGGCCAGAUCUGGGCUACUUCCUCCGAUUCAUCUGUUCAUCUUGUAUCUCUCAAAACUCUUAUCAGAAUAGUCCGUGGGUCUCCAAAGCCUUUAGCUCCAUAUCUUGAUAAGGUAGUAAGCUAUGUUUUACAGACCAUGGACCCUAGCAACUUAGUCAUGCGCAAGGUUUGCCUUCACACCUCGAUGCUUGCUUUAAGGGAAAUUGCACGUGUAUUUCCUAUGAUUGCUCUGAAUGGGAGAGCAACACGUUUGGCCGUUGGAGAUGCUAUUGGGGAUAUUCACAGUGUUACCAUUCAUGUAUAUGAUGUAGAAAGUGUGACAAAAAUAAAGAUUCUGGAUGCAAGUGGACCUCCAGGUCUUCCAAUCUUGCUUGAAGGAGCUUCAAAUUCAAGGAUCAGUACAGCAAUAACUGCCUUGAGUUUCUCCCCAGAUGGAGAGGGGCUAGUUGCUUUCUCUGAGAAUGGACUGAUGAUUAGAUGGUGGUCUCUGGGAACGGCCUGGUGGGAGAAGCUCAGCAGAAGCCUUGUUCCUGUCCAAUGCACUAAACUCAUUUUUGUUCCUCCAUGGGAAGGAUUUUCACCUAAUUCUUCUCGAUCAAGUAUUAUGGCAAGCAUAAUAGGGCACACUAAAGGGGUCAUUGCUCAGGAUGAGGCAGUGGAGCUGGAUGAGGCAGACAAUCUGAAGCUUCUCAUUCAUAACCUUGAUCUCUCUUAUCGGCUUCAGUGGAUUGGUGGGAGGGGUGUUAAACUUACUCGGCAUGGUCAAGAUUUGGGCACAUUUCAAUUGUGAUCAAAAUUCAUUUCUACAGUUGGAAUUUACUGCCUUCUGGUUGAUGGUUGUUGCAGUGAGCACCAACUUUAGAAGAUCUGUAAGCUGGAAAAAGAUUGAUGGUACCUGUCAAAGCAUGAGGUAGGGCUUGUACAGAUACACUUAAGAUCAGUUAUCAUGAUCGGACUUCUCAUGCUAUUGCAGUUAUCAUUCUGUUGUGUCUAUUGCAUGAAAACCAAAUCCUUGUGCAAAUAUUCUUACUAUGAGAUCACAGAGUUCUUUAUAUGAGAUCUGGAUGAAAUCUCCAGUUCAUGCAA